AUAAUAAGCUGUUAUUUUGAAUAAAUUGUUUUAUAAAAGAUUAUAUUAGAAACAGUUUGGUAAAUAAUUUUUCUAAUAUGGAAAAUAUAGAGAUCUUAAAUAUUUCAGAUGUAUGUCGAAUGUGCUUGGAAAAGUCCAAACUAUUUGUGCCUAUCACAUCAAACGAAAUUAUUGCUAUGAUAAUGGCAUGUGCUGCUGUACAAAUUUCCGAAGAUGAUAGAUUACCUCAACAAAUAUGCAGCGCGUGCUAUCUACAAUUACAAAAGGCAUUUGAAUUAAAAAAAAUUACCGAACAAUCAGAUGAAACGUUACGAAUAGCACUAAGAUAUCAAGACAACGAAAAUAUAAAAAAUUUAGAUAAUCAUAAUUUGAAUGAUAUCGAAAUAAUUGAUUGUAAAUUCGAACAGGCAGAUAUUACAUGUAAAAACAGUAACGAUAUCGAACUAAGUGAAGUCAAAAUAGAACAGGCAGAUAAAGAUAUCGAACUAAGUGACGUAAAAAUCGAACAGGCAAAUAAAGAUAUCGAACUAAGUGACGUAAAAAUCGAACAGGCAGAAAUCGAAGACAAAAACAGUCAAAGAUUUGAUCACGAGACAUUAUUAAGGCUACAACAAAUCACUGAUGAAGAACACAAAUAUGCAAAAACGCAACAAGAUGAAGAAGAAAAUGAUAAGAACAAAAAUAAACCAGAAAAUUUAUUAGAAAUUAAUAAAAUUGUUUUAGAAAAUUUAAAUUUAGUUAAUGAUAAAUCAAAAACAAGUAAUAAAAUAAGUUAUAAAUGUGAAAAAUGUACUAAACAAUUUGAAAAAGCUAGUGAAUUAGGUUUACACAUGAAACGCAUUCAUAGUGCAGAACCAAUACAAUGCCCUCAAUGUACAAGAGUAUGUUACCAUGAAUUACAUUUAAAAAGUCAUAUGAAAAUUCAUUCACGUGGUAAUUUUACAUGUGAUAUAUGUAAUAAAGUGUUAACAAGCUCACAUAAAUUAUCACGUCAUAAAGUAUCACAUACCACAGAACGUCCUUUCCCAUGUUUACAAUGUUCUAGUACGUUCAAAGAUAAAUGGGUUUUAUUUAAACAUAUUAAAAAUGUUCACAUGAAUAUGGAGAAAUAUGCUGAAUGUCCCAUAUGUCAUAAAAAAUUUGUAGCAUAUCGCUUAAAAGAUCAUUUAGUUAUACAUGAAAAAGAACGUGAAACAUUUCCUUGUGAUAUAUGUGAAAAAGUUUUAUUCUCAAAAAUAUCUUUACAAAAACAUAAACAAUUAUAUCAUAUGAAUAUGGUUCGCGAAUCAAAACAUUUAUGUAAUAUUUGUGGUAAAAGUUCUACAAGUGCUGCUUUAUUAAAAGCACAUUUACUUAUACACACAGGUGAAAAACCAUUUGAGUGUGAUCAAUGCAAUAAUAAAUAUCGAACGAAAUUUGCAUUAAAAAAACAUGUAUCACGUGUACAUUUAAUGGAACGUAAUCAUGUGUGUAGUCUAUGUUCGGCUGCGUUUGCUGAUAAAAAAACUUUAAUGAAUCAUGUUAGGCAUCAUACCGGUUUAGAAAGGAAAUUUCAAUGUGAGUAUUGUGAAAAAGCUUUUGUUUACAAAAGUGGUUUAAAAUAUCAUAUAAAAUCGCAUCAUUCAUUAUGUUAA